CCCCAAGGACUUUUUUUUUUAAUCCUGGUGCCUGGUUUUGGAAAUAAUUUAUUUUUCCUCCGUUCCUGAGAAGGAGAUAAAAAGUUUUUGCUGAAGUUCAGGUUGCAAGGAAUUGUCUUUUCUUGUCCACCUCCCCGCAAAAAUCCGUUUCGUGUUUCCCUUAAACGUUUGGGAUGAACUGGAAAUAAAGCUUUGGAGGAAAUUUGCUUACAGAAAGGCUAGGAAUCGGAUCCCACACUUUACUGGAUAAUGAGCUGUUUUAAUUUUUGACUGCCCCCUCCCUUAAAAAAAAAAAGAAGAAGAGACAAGAAUAUUAUCCAAGGGAGUUUUGAUGGAACACCUCUCCGUCCAGUCCAUUUAAUGUUCUAGGAUUUCAUCGGAAAAGGCCAAGAUGUUGAAGCUCCUGGUGACCACCCUUGUCCCGGCCUUGGUCCUAGCGGCACCUCCUCCCAUUAGCAAGCUGGCCCUCUUUCCAGACAAGAGCGCCUGGUGCGAGGCGAAGAACAUCACCCAGAUCGUUGGGCACAGCGGGUGCGAAUCCAAAUCCAUCCAGAACAGAGCCUGCUUGGGUCAGUGUUUCAGCUACAGAGUCCCCAACACCUUCCCACAGUCCACCGAGUCCCUGGUGCACUGCGACUCCUGCAUGCCAGCCCUCUCCAUGUGGGAAGUGGUGACAUUGGACUGCCCCAGCAAUGAAGACAUCCCCAGGGUGGACAAACUGGUGGAGAAGAUCCUCCACUGCAGCUGCCAGGCAUGUGGAAAGGAGCAGAGCCAAGAGGGGGCGCUCCUCAACGUCUACGUCAAUGGCGACGAGAACCUGCCGGCUGAGGGUCCUCACCCCCACCCCUACGGCCACCACCACCCAGGGGAAGAGGCCUCCAACCACCACCACCAUGAAGACGAGGCCAAGGACUGACCUCUGACCUUCCGGGGGGUGAACUGCCCCUUCAGCCCAGGCCUUGACGUCUUUCCCCCCGCCUCUCAAAUACCCAUCAUGCUUUGCUCUUGGCAACGUUGUCGUGGGGAAGCUGAGGCCAAGCUGAAGGCGGACCUUUCACCGGAGGCGGCCAAUGGGACAUCGGGACAAGCUGGCAACCGGCGAGAGAAUUGUGGGAGGGGGUGGU